UCUUAUAGUUCCUUCAGAAUGGGCAGUCUUCCCUCAGAUGCAUCUGGACAACAGCAGCAUCGGGUCAUGGAGAAGUGUCCCUAGAUGUACCAAGUCCGGAGGACAGCCUUUCAGCUGCAGGCCUUUAAAAUGCUUGAGCCACGCUCAUGUAUGCGGAGGCAUUAGUUGAAGUCUGGGUGGCGAACUCUCGCUUAUCCGGUUUGUCCAAGAGGGAUUUCCGACCUUAAACGCACCGACUCAGAACCCGCAGGGGGCCGUGAGAGCGCCGGGCCAUCGUGGGCUUCGUAGGCAGCAGAGAAAAUGAAUAUCCAGGUUCUGCCAGAACACAAGCUCUCGUCGGUGGCCCCGCUGAAACAGUGCAAUGUGGAGAAAAAAGAGGUAGAACUGAUUCUGGUGAAGGAACAGAAUGGCGUCCAGUACACCAGUUCCUCCAUCAUCCCCACACCGGGCCACCUCGUAGGUCCUCCAGGAUGCACCGACGAAGAGCGAGAAACUUGGGGAAAGAAAAUAGACUUUCUCCUGUCGGUUAUUGGCUUCGCGGUGGACCUGGCCAAUGUUUGGAGAUUUCCUUACUUGUGCUACAAGAAUGGAGGAGGUGCCUUUUUGAUCCCGUACGUCCUUUUCUUGGUCAUCGCUGGGAUGCCAUUGUUCUACAUGGAACUUGCCUUGGGCCAGUACAACAGGGAAGGGGCAGCUACAGUUUGGAAAAUUUGCCCUAUCUUUAAAGGUGUGGGCUACACUGUGAUCAUCAUAGCUCUGUACGUUGGCUUCUACUACAAUGUCAUCAUUGCCUGGUCCCUCUUCUACCUGUUCAACUCCAUGACCAGGGAUCUGCCAUGGCUCCAAUGUGGCAACAUUUGGAACAGUGAGAACUGCACUGACCCCAAAAUCUUUAACGGAUCCAGCCUUGGUAAUGGAACGGCUUACGCAAAGUACAAGAUGACCCCGGCUGCCGAGUACUACGAACGGGGUGUGCUGCAUCUCCAUGAGAGUAGAGGUAUCCAGGACCUGGGCCUGCCUCGCUGGGAGCUGACCUUGUGUCUGGUGGUGGUGGUCUUCAUCCUCUAUUUCAGCCUGUGGAAAGGUGUCAAGUCCUCAGGGAAGGUGGUGUACAUCACAGCUACCAUGCCCUACAUUGUCCUUUUUGUAUUGCUGAUCCGAGGCAUAACUCUACCGGGGUCCAUGGAUGGCAUCAGGGCCUACCUCCACAUCGACUUCAAGCGGCUCAACAAUCUAGAGGUGUGGAUUGAUGCUGCCACGCAGAUAUUCUACUCACUCGGAGCAGGAUUUGGAGUUCUCAUUGCUUUUGCCAGUUAUAACAAAUUUGACAACAACUGCUACAGAGACGCUCUCUUGACCAGCACUGUGAACUGCGUCACCAGUUUCUUCUCAGGGUUUGCCAUCUUCUCUGUGCUUGGAUACAUGGCUGAUAAACAUGGAGUGAAUAUAGAGGACGUGGCAACAGAGGGCGCAGGAUUGGUGUUUAUUAUCUACCCUGAGGCGAUUUCUACACUGCCUGGCUCCACAUUUUGGGCUAUUGUGUUCUUCAUAAUGUUGCUGACUCUGGGCAUUGACAGCUCGAUGGGCGGCAUGGAGGCCGUCAUUACAGGCCUGACAGACGACUUUAAGAUCCUCAAGAGGAACAGGAAGCUCUUCACCUUCGCCACGGCCUUUGGAACCUUCCUGGUUGCCCUCCUCUGCAUUACUAAUGGUGGGAUCUAUGUGCUGACCCUGUUAGAUAAGUAUGCAGCAGGAACUUCUAUACUGUUUGCUGUGUUGAUCGAGGCCAUUGGAGUGUCAUGGUUUUAUGGUGUGGAUCGCUUCAGUGAAGAUAUUGAACGAAUGAUGGGCUUCAAGCCAGGUCUCUACUGGAGGCUGUGCUGGAAGUUUGUCAGCCCAGCUUUUCUGCUGUUUGUUGUAAUAGCCAGCACUGUGAAAUCGUCAGGCCUGAAGUAUGACGACUACAUCUUCCCUAACUGGUCUAACGUAGUUGGCUGGGGUGUGGCCAUGUCCUCCAUGAUGUUUGUCCCCGGCUAUGCCAUAUAUAAAUUCCUCAGCGUAUCAGGAACAUUCAAACAGAGGAUAGCCUAUUGCAUCACUCCAGAACAUGAACAUCAUUUGGUGGCUGAAGGAAAUAUACGACAGUUCACACUCAAGCAUUGGUUGGCCAUCUGAUGACAAACCCCCAGACUUCCCUCAUCCAUCCUCACAUGUGAUGUUUGGAGUUCCUGCGUGCCACGAGAGGUCGGACAGACAAGGAGAGCAACAGGCUCCGAGCUCUCUCAGCCGCUUCUCUUUACUCCCCAACGCCUUUGCUGUAAACAGUAGCUUCAAGCAGUUUGUUCUCAGAGUAAGGCCUCUUAACAUUUUGAAACCAUUAAACAGCUUCAGCUCAUAAGGGAGAGGCUUCCCAGGGGGACAAUGUACUGCUAUGUGCCCAUUGUCAUUGUCGUUUUUUAUAUACUAUUUUAAUUCUUCAUAACUUCAGAUAUAUGUGACUGUUAUCUUCUGGAAGGGACCAAAACUAAAACUAAAACCAAAACAAUCCCAUUAUCCUGUUGAUGACUAUACACGUGAGCCAAAUAUUUACAUUUUUAAACUUUAGUUUUUUAGGCCUGUGAUCAUUUAUUAUUACUUUGAUAUUGGAAGAGAAGUCUCUGUUCUUGGCGUAUCUGUGUCAGUGCCUUAUCAAGCGAGACACUCCAUGUUUCUAACAGUCCGUACAGGAAGAAGUGACAGAAACUGUGUUGACUCAGGAAACCACCAAAUCCAGCCACAGUUAGUGGAAGGCUCUCUUGAUUUAACCCAGUCCUUGGACACUCAAGUCAAAUAGCUGGAGGUCAACAGUCAAGCUCCUUAUCAAAGAUUAUAUUAUGUGAUGCUUUCGAGUCACACUCUGUUACAGAAAAGGGAACAACGCAUGCAUCACCCCUAAGCUUUACGAGAACCGAGGAAGGCUUUAUUCACCUCUUAUGCUUUGAAAGGCCGGACUCACAACCAGGCGUUGAUCGCAAAGAAAUAAUUGAGGCAACGCCUGGCUGCUAACAGAAGGGGAGAAUAUCAGCAGCACACAUGGUUUGGAUUAUUGUUGUGUGACUUUUACUUUUUUACAAACGUUUGUCUUUGUAAGUGUUUCUGAAGAAUAUGUGUGGCGUGACCGCCAGAGAAAAAGAGAGCGAGCGUGUGUGUGUGUGUGUGUUUGUGUAUUGGGAUUUUGUUGACGCUGUUAGUGUACAGUACAUGGAGGAACGCCUCUUUCACUGCACUGUAUAUUACAUUUAAUGCAUGAUCUUAUUAUUAUUAUUAAUCAUUUGAAACAAAUCUUGUGAUGUUCCACUUGCUCAUCACCAUAGAAGUGCCAUUACGUUCCGUUAGGAAUGUUUCUGAUUCUCUUAUUCAGUUUCUCUUUUUUUAUUUAUUGGAAUGAAGUUGAAUUUGAACCGUAAUUCAUAACACAACCUUACCGAGAGGAAUAAAGCCACAAAGAAAAAAACAAAUAUACGUGGAAUAUAUAAGAAGAUAUAAAGAAAAAUAUAUAAAUAUAUUCUUUUGUUAUGUAUAAUCUUGUAUUUAUCAAAUUGUUUAUAACAAAAACGUGAAAAGUAUUUUAAGCGUAACUGUCCACAGUCAUAACAAGGUGUUUGAUGUAUAGCUAAGAUGAACUAUUUAGUACAAAUGUUCUUCAGUGUAACCCUCGGCUACUUUGUCACAUAUGUGGUUAAAUACACCCUGGCUUUCCUGGACUAUGUUUACAAAAAUACUGUGUACAAUACCAAUGUCCUGUUGAACGUGAGUGACAACUAUCUAUAAAGAAGUCUGAAGUAUUCACACUAUGAUAAUAAAGAAUUUCUU